UCAAAAACCAGUCGGGUGGCGUCAACGAUCGUGGAUGGGUGGAGAGGUAAGAGCCGCAGGUGGGACGUGAAACCGGCUGCUUGUCUCCCGUUACUUUAACCGACGAUAGUAUCCGCAGUCGUGCUCUUUGGAGACAUGGGGAAGCUUCAGGAAUUUGAGAUUACUUUUACAAAUAACAAAGUGGUUUACAACCCCGGCGAAUCGAUAUCAGGAACUGUGAGAAUUAAAACAAGCCAGCCCGUACAGUUUAAAGCCAUCAAGGUAAACUGCGUGGGCUCAUGCGGGAUCUCGUCCAAACUGAACGAUGCCUCAUGGAUGGUGGAGGAGCGAUACUUGAGCAGCACGCUGUCUGUAGCCGACAAAGGUAAUCUGCCAGCUGGUGAGCACAGCUUUCCCUUUCAGUUUCUAAUUCCAGGAUCUGUUCCAACCUCCUUUGAAGGCCCGUUUGGAAAAAUUUUGUACAAAAUUAGGGCUUUUAUUGACACGCCACGUUUCUCAAAGGACUACAAGACUCAGCGUCUCUUCUACCUUCUCAAUGUGCUCAACCUCAAUGACUUGCCAGAUAUAGAGCAACCCAGCUGUGCUGUAACAACAAAAAAGUUUAACUACCUUCUGGUCAAAACAGGCACGCUCAUGUUAAAAGCGUGCAGUGAUUUCAAAGGAUACACUCCCGGUCAGGUCAUCAAACUCUCCGCUGAGAUCCACAACAAGUCUGGUAAAGACACAGGCUGUGUGAUGGCCAGCCUUAUACAGAGGGUGAUAUAUAAAACGAAACGGCCUGUGUGUGACCUGCGACCCAUAGCGGAGGUGGAGGGUGCCGGAGUCAAGGCAGGCAAACAUGCAGAAUGGAGGGAACAGAUCAUCGUCCCACCCCUUCCACAGUCAGGCCUUACAGGGUGCAGCCUCAUAGACAUUGAGUAUUUUCUCCAGGUUUCACUAAAAUCACCUGAAGCUGUGGUCACAUUACCCAUCUACAUCGGGAACAUCGCAGUAAACUUGACUCCUUGUAUUCCUCCCCUACACCCCAUCGCCGCUCCCAUGCCUGCCCAUCCAGGCAUCGGCCCCGGAGCUGUGAUCCCCAGCGCGCCACCUGUGGAGGACGACCUGGGGGGUGAGCUUGGGGCCGGAGGAGUAGCCAGCGAGGCGAUCCCCACCAAAAGUCACUCCCAGCAGGAUCCGUCCGGUGUGCCUUUUCUCAGCGCAUCUGGUCCAGCCCUGGCACAGAGCCAACAGCAAGCCCAGUCUUCAGACGGAUCUGCGCCGGUGUUUUGCGUGUCCACGGGGGCCACCAUACCUUUCUUUACAGACAGUAACACAGCACCGGUUCCUACUUCUUGUCCACUGAUUUUACCCCCUGAAUACAGCACCUGGGAGUAUCCACAUGAACCACCACCCACGUACGAGGAAAGCUGCAGUAGCAACAACUCUAGCUUUAACAAUAGCAUGACGUCAUAGACAGUUGGGUCGUCAACCAUGCAAUUUCAUACUGCCCCCUGCUGGACAGCACAGACAUUUCCUGGCCAUUCUCCUUCAUGGACCAAAUAUCUUUACUUACUUCGGAGAAAUAAUUGCUUUAUCCAAUCGUAUCUUUUUGUUUUGUCCCUCAUACUGUCAUUUUAACAGAGGUGAAAUCCUGGAUAAAAACCAAGGAGAAGGUUUAUUCAGUGCCUAAGAAGAUGUAGCACUCCUGAGCAACCACUAGGGGAUAAAAUGCUCUUAAGGUUUUACGAGAGCAAUACCAGCAUUUGUAAAACUUGUGAGUCACACAGAGAAUACUCAUUCAACCAAGACUGGCCUUACGUGCGGCUCAUCAAAAAAAAAAAAGGCUCCGCAAGAUCUGAAUUAACCACCAACUCGAAACUCAUGCAUCUGUAUGACUGAAAGGAUGUGAACAAUCCACCCACAAUCCGUGAAUCCUGUAAAACUGGGAUACAGAGACUGUUGUUCUGGAAAGAACAAGUUUUAUUUAUUGAUCAUGAUCAAUAAUUUACAUUUGGCAAGAUGGUAACCACUGUCCCUUGAAUGCUUAAGGGAACAAUGUAUUGCAUAUGAUUUUUAGGGGAAAAAAUUGUGUUUGACCAGAUAUCAAGAGAUGUUCUGAAAUAGGAAAGUGUUUUUCUUAUCUUAUAUCUUCUUUCAUCUGCUUAAACAUUUUCCCCUGGAUUUGUACCGGCUAAUGGGCAAAGACAUUCAGACUGUGAACUGUUCAGAUUGUGUUGUGGUAAUGAGAUGCCAUGCAACAUUGACAUUUCUAAAGUGAACCCCUUUUUUUUAUGUAUGAGUUGUUUGGUCAUUUGCUUUGAUAUUUCUCAUUUGCCCACAGGAAAUUGAGUUUAAUGAUGGAUUUCCAGCGAGGCCUUAAGCUGUGCAAGGAUUGUUGUGUACGGUCGUUUAAUAUGGCAAACCAUUUUUAUCUCGAUCUGUUGUGAAGAAUUUGGAAGCACAAAAAGGCACUUUUAUAGACCUCAUCAUUGUGUAUGUGUGUGAAUGUAUGCCCCCCCACCUGUAUUUUUACCAAAUGCAUAUUUCAGUAAGAUUAUAAGUGUUGUAGUUACUUGAUUACGUCAAAGAAAGAUCUAAAUGUUUCUAUCAAGCUGAAUAAUGAAGUUUUCAGUCUUAUUUUACUCCAUCGUGUUUUCGAGUGGAAAUGUUUUACCACUAUGUACCAAUCACAGUGCUGAUCGAGAGGAAUCGUUUAUAUUUGUAUGAAAUCAAACAUUAAGGAAUCGUAAAUUUAGUGAUUUUAAUACAGACGGUCGGCCACUGUGACGUCUGACAGCGCCUUUUCACUGUGUAAGAAGCACUGUGUUGUAAUCUCAGUGGUUGCAAAGAUGGUUAAAGACAAACUGUUAAAAUCGUUUAUCAUCCCAGUGUACUAUAUUUACAUUAACAUUACAACUACUGCCUUAAAUGUGACAUCACUGGUCCCAUAGUAAUUGUAGCGAACAAAAAAAAAAUGAAAUUACUUUUCGAGAUAAUACUGCAACUUUUACUGUUCUCCUCGCAUGUCUCUCUUGAGCCUCUUUUUGUGGGCUUAAUGAAUGUUAAUGCAUCUGAAAGAGUCCUGAGAGAUGGUAGAUGUUAGUUUUUUUUAGCAUCUUUGCGUAUGGGGAAGUGUUUUUCAUGCUUAAUUUACAUACGUUUUAUAUUUUCCUGUUCACCAAAGGUUUAACAGCUUUAUCAAGUUAUUUUGUCAUUGUGUGGUACUUUCCUUCCCAUUAAUUUUCAGCGGGUUUAUAAAGUAGCACGAUUGUGGAUCAAUGUUAAACACUGUAUGUAUAAACCUAUUCGACAGAAUCAAACUUGUACAGCAAAGUAAUAAAAUCCCAUAAAUUCUCAA